GCUCAGUUGAGCGACCGAUGCCGCCGAUGGAGGGUGGCGGAAGAGUGCGCUGUGAAUUGUGAGCGGCCCUCUGUGAGUGGAAUUGUAUUGGAGGUGAACACAGUGCGUCUGAGGAAUAUCUUCGAACAGGACCUCAGAUUUGUGGUUUUCCGAAGGUUUUUGCUUCCGUUUGCAAACUUGUAAAUCUGCAUCCACGUAUUGUUUGCAUUAAUGCGAGUAUUGUUCAAAUACGAUUCAAAUCAAGCUCGUUUUUCCACAGCUCGCUUAAAGCGAUGAUUUAUGACUAAAACAAGAGGUAGUAACGGAAGCAUUUUAUGAACAACUGAGGUCCUGGUCGAAAAUUUCAGUGUCGCCCAUAGAGAUGGCCCCAGCCUAAAGCGACAAGAGCUCCAGAUUUCUGCAACGGAAAGAAUAGUCAAGAGUCAGACUGUUUGUCAGCACACUGACAGGGUUUCGAAGGGUCAGUCUGGGUAUCCGGAAUGUGUCCACUCCAGCUCAGGGCCCUGGUGGUGAUCGCCGCACUCUCCGCCAUCCCAGCUGAAGUGUUGCCGGCUGCCCCGAGUCUGCAGGUGGCAGCACUGUCGCCGACCGCGCUGCAGGUCACGUGGCAGCCCGGUCAAGGUCACGUGGCAGCGCUGCCCGCUGAUUGGUUCGUGGUGACUGUGACGCCUUUGCGCUCCUUCGACCCAGACAAGAUGGCACUGUUGCCUAGCAACGAGACGGUGAUCGACCCCGCGAAUGCUGUGGACGAAACUGUACAUAUGUUUAAUGCCAGCGCAGAGCAGCGAUCUCUAAACAUCACGGCGCUCCGUCCGCUGCACAUGUACGAGGUGUCGGUGACGGCCCACAGCUCUCUGGGAAUCAGCGCCAGCUCGGACCGGGUCCGGGCCGUCACCUGGAUCCCGGAUACCUCGGCCGGAUCCGGGACACCGCCUCCUCUAACCGCCGUCCGCGACUGCUGCCAGCGCGCCGGCAUCCCGGCACAGUCCGGAUGUGUGCAGAUGCUCUGUGACCCGCCCGGCGCUGCUAAUUCCACCUAUCAAGCUAAUACGAUUGCGACGGUGGUGUGCUCGAACUGGAUUCGGCAGAGUUUCGCGUGCAUGACGGACGGCCAGGACCACCGCGACUGCUGCCGGGCGCGGGGUCUUCCGGAGCGCUGCGUGCAGCUGUGCGCGCCGGCGGCACCGGUCACCGCCGCGCACCUAGGGUGCGUGCUGGUGUUCAUGUCCAGUUACUCGUUCUGCUUGUUCGAGAACCACGGCGUGCUGCCUUCUGCGCCGCUGGGACCGCGGACAGCGCUGGUCCAACCCGACUGGGCUGUGCUGCGGUGGAACGAACCGAAACGACUGCCAGACACCGUACUCGGGUACACCGUGAGAGUACGUGAGCUCGGCGACUCGGAGUUGAAUGACACCUACACUGCCAUCGCCGGCCAACACUCUCCGUUCCUGUUGGACCGUCUGACCGGCGGUCGGACGUAUGAGUUUUUCGUCACGGCAGUGAACGAUCACGGCGAGGGCGAGCGCAGCAACCGGGUCAUAUUUGAGACGCCGCCGGCUGAACCCGAUCUACUGGAAGACGGGUCGGGCGCUCCGACCUCCGUGGACCCCGCCGUGUGCUGCCGUGAGAGCGGCGUCCCUCCUCACUGCCAGAAGUUCUGCUCGUACUCGGGAAUGGCCGAGGAAAAAGAGUUUGGAAAUGGCUGUGAGAACUACUGGACGCAGAUUGCCGGCUGUACUACUGAAGGACGGGGACGGGCCGCCGGCCGCUGUUGUACAGUGGCCCUGCCGGACCCGUGCCGCUCCCUCUGCGAGGGUCGCGCCCUGGGGGACGGCUGUCGCCGGGCCGCCCUGUACCUGCUGCGCUGCGCCACCUGGCAGGGCGUCACGCGACCCCCGGCCGUCAGGGGGACGCACGUCACCAAUGUGACGGGUGAUUCGGUGACACUGGUGUGGCAGCGGCAGAACGACGCCGAUCAGUACCAGGUCUUCUACGGAAAACUGAACUCGACUGAAGCUGUCUUCCACUGGCAAAACCGACUUGACCAGGUGAUGGACGUCACUGGCACAACGCAGGCCCAAGUGGCGGUGGCUAGAGACGCCCUGUACGGGUUCUCUGUGUCCUAUGUGGACGCAAAUGGAACGCGGGCGCACUGGGGGUCGACCCUGCUGGUCAACGGGUCAGCUGGGUCUGGGCUCCCCAAGCUGUCGCCUCCUCACGGAGUGACAAUCAGAGGAGUAUCAGCUCACGGCCUGGACGUCACCUGGGAGCCGCCAGCUGAUAAGUCCGGAGGCGCGAGUGUGCGCUACAGGCUCUAUUAUCAGGCUGAGGGUGAGCCAACACCCAGAGUUGUGCACUUGACGGAUGCGAGCCACAACCUCACGGGACUGAACCAUGGCACGGUGUACAGUGUGUGGGUAACAGCCGUGUCGGACGACGGAGCAGAGAGUGCUCCUUCAGAAACGGUGGAGGAACGGACCAGGAGCCCUCAGGAGAUAGCACCGACUCUCCAGCUUCCCAGGGUCGAUCCCAGGGUGCCCACCGAGGGGGGCAACAUGACCAUCACCUGUGUGGCCACCGGAUCGCCGACCCCGACGGUCACCCUGGUCCUCAAUAAUCGCGUGCGGAACGAGAGUCGUACCCAUGAGUUGGUGACGACAAUCACCAAUGUCACCAGGAACAUUGAGCUGGCUCAGUGCAGUCUCGAGGUGGAACAGAGCCACCUGUUCUCAUCGCGCCACAUCCUGAAAAGACAUGCUCCCCGGGUCUGGCUCUGGGCGGCGGAAGGCGGCGAGGAGGAGUCGGUGCCGGGCAGAAAUGUGUCCUUGUCCUGUGACGUUGACGCCCACCCGAAACCCAACAUGACCUGGCGAGGUAACCACUCGGAGAUACUCCGUGCAGGAGGCAACCUUAACUUCACCUCGAUAAAACAACGGCCGGGGUACUACCGGAUGGAGAUGACGAUCACAAAUGUGACCGAGCAGCAGUUCAUGACGUACACCUGCCACGCUGAGAACGAGCUCGGAGCCGAUUCCAAGCAGAUCGUGCUGAAAAAACGGCCGAAUAUGUGGCAGUUCUACAAGCUCGGAGUUUCCCAGUGCUGCCGCAGUAUGAACAUCAGCGAGCCCUGCCAAGUCGCGUGCGCCGAACAAGAGGUGGACCUGGAGCCGGUCAACUCUAAUCCAGCGUGUUUGAAAGAGUUCAGCAAACUGAUGGUCUGCGCCGCAGAUGGCUCUGACCACCGCGACUGCUGCUCUGUUCGCGGCAUCCCCGACCACUGCCUCUCGUGGUGUAAGGGCCUGGACAAUUUCGACCACCGACUACUGCUCGACCCCGACUGUAUCACAAUCUACGCGGCCGAUAUCGUCGGCUGCUUCCACGAGGGAAAAGACCUGCUCCCCGGUCGGCCGCGGAACGUUGUGGCCACAAAGCUGAAUGCCACGGCAGCACUGGUACGGUGGGAGGAGCCGGUCAGGACGGGAGACCACGCUGUCUCUUACAGGGUGCGCUGGUGGCCGCGGGGUGCCUCCAGUUCGGCCCAUCUGGACACCCGGCGCACCUCCCACCUCCUGACAGGACUCGAGACAGGCGAGCAGUAUCAGGUGGCCAUCCGAGCCGCCAACAGACGAGGCGUGAGCCUGGAGACAACGGCAGAGGUCCGAGAGGAGGGCACGGACCCGGAGAGGAGUGUGGAGCAAGGGCCGGCCCCCGGCACCAGCUCCGUGCUGGUGCCGGCGCUGACGCUGACCGUGCUGGUGAUGGUGCUGGUGGCCGCGUUGGUGUGGGUGGUGCGCCGACGUCGGCUCAGACGCGGUCCCGGGGCGCACGUCAGCUUCACCAACCCCGCCUAUGUGCGGGAAGGAGCGAUACAGGAGUCGACCGAAGCUACUCUAACGGAUAAAUCCGGUGGCGACGGCAGCGCCCCUGGCGGCGGUCAGCACAGUACAGACUCCGACGACGGCUGGCACGAGACAGCGCUAGAGACGCCGGUGUUGGGUCGUGACGAACAUUUGUGAUGUGAUCUCAUUGAGUUUGAGUCGGAGCCGUUGCCAGGACUGCUCUAACGGAGUGAAGGCGAGUCAGCGCGACUCACUGACUCAGGCGAACUCAACACUCAUAAUGGAAUCCAUACUGAGUCAUUAAUGCCAAGUAUGGGGUGGAAACUCCGCGACUUCAAUGCCCUCAGGGCAUUGAACAGACUCACAGCCGUGCCCGCUGCAAUACUGAGGUGUAUGACACUUCUCACUUUAUACGGGAUUGUUCAGUGUUGCGUGAUUGACUAUUCAUUAGGUAGGUAUGAGCUACAUGUCAAUGUGUCACGCAUUUUGUAACGAAUCAAGUCGUUAUUUUUCUAACGCUUUGCUACCUAUAUAGUCAUUUUUUUAUUAGACAGUUUAGAGCAGAAAGGUCACAGAUAAUGUGUGAGGUAAUAUUUGUAGCCAAUGUAUGUAUCUAUUGCUUACUGCUUAGUAUGUUUCGACUGAAGAAUGUUUAAAAAUCGCCAGUGUUGGUUGAAACGACAUAACGAUUUAUUCAUGUCUCAUUCGAUCACCGAGCAUUGACGAUUAGAUGCUACUUAUGUGACCUACCUGACCCUGACGUAUGUUAUAUCAAUAUGAUAGCAUUGAUAAUGAUGCACAAUAAAGUAUCCAACAAUGA